CAACAUUACGAACAGAAAGCAGAAAAAUCACAGGAGGAAAAACGUCAAAAAUCAAUAGCAGUUUUUUAUUACACCCAUCAUCCAGUUCCUGAAAUUUAAAUUCACCAUUUUCACUAUCAAUUUAACCUAAUUAAAUACCGAGAACUGCUCAGGUUAGUACUCCACGAAAAAAGUGAAUAACCAAACGAUUUCGCAGCAUCCCUGUCGUUCCGCCCAGCGGUCCUUAAAAUUAUCACAUUCCAUCCAAAUAGUCACCUCUAAUUAGCCCAAAGAAAGAAGGGGGGCGUUAACCAACCACACGCAGCGAAAAUGUCCAACCCAUUCGACGAUCCGGCGGACCAUCAGCCGCAGCAUUCCACCUUACCAGCGAUGACGACGACGACGACGGGUUCGUCCGGUUCGAGCAGUUUGCUACUGCUCGGAUCACCGGAUGAUUCGGAAAUCCUGGAAGGUUUCCUGUGUCCGAUCUGCAAGGCGGAUCUGAAGACACCGGAACGACUGACCGCACACGUCGAACAGGAACAUUCCGAGGAGCAGGAUUUGCUCAAGUCGUUGAAGGAGAUGUUUAGCUUUGCGAAGAAGAAAAUACUCAACCUGGAUGAGACGGCCAAUGAUUUGGCUCGUAGUUUCGAUAGUUCACUGCAGGUGGGUGGUAAACAGGAACGAGCGGUAGCGGUUGCGAAUCCGAUUCUCCUGCCUGGGCAGCUGGUGGGAACGGAUUGUGACCAUAUGAGCUACUUUAGGGCGGUGAGGAAUCCCCGGUUGGAGAGGUACGCUUCCGAGACGAAUAAACUGAUCAUCCGGUUGGAUAAGCUGCUGGACGGACUGCCGAGUGAGAUGGAUGCGAGGAAGCGGCACGAGCAGAGCAAGGUUCCGUGGAUUGAUGGCAAGUUGGUUAAGCUGUGUCCGAGCUGUGCGAAAAGUUUUGGACUAACGCGGAGGCAGCAUCACUGCCGGGUUUGCGGUUCCGUUAUGUGCGAUGGGUGUUCGUUUCAUUUGUCCUUCGAAGAAGCGAGGAGCAUCGUUCAACCCGUUAGUCCGGGUAUAGAACCCCCGAAAACGACCCUACCGUUGGAUGAGACAGGCAAAGAUCGCGAAUCGUCUGGGUUUCGUGUGUGCGAACACUGUCUCCACUUGCUGAUGAAUCGUAAAGAGAUGCAAGAUUCCCGCUCGGAUCGUCCCUUGAUCACGAAAUUGUACGACAGGUUGCUACAGGAAAAGAAGGAUAUCGCACCGGACAUUCCCAUGUAUUCCCGGAUCAUUCACAGUCUGUACGAGGGAGAUGCUAUUUACCGGUUGUCGGAUGCCAGUGCAUUGCGAGAAAAGAUGGCCAGGGCAGCGGAACGGAUUGAUAAUAUUAGUAAAACGAUUUUAGCCAUUCCGUUGGCACCGGGAAGUCGCGAGGAAGCUUUAAAAAAAGCCAUCCGCUUGUCGAGCAUUUCAUACAUAAAGGAACAAAUGCUUUCCAUUCCACCGCUACCGGCGGAAGAAGAAAUUAAGAAAAUUCAGUUACGAAAGAAGCAGGAAACGGCAAGACGAAUCGAAAGGGAGCGAAGGCUUGCCCUGGAAGCGUACGAAAAGUACGAGCUGCAAUCCGAGCCGUACAAUGGAAGUUCCAGUUCCAGCACGGCAUCCACGGCGGAGAUGACGAAUGGGCGGUACUAUGGUGCGGCGGCGGUGGCAUCGACGACGGCGACCAUUAGUUCGUCGGACAAUUGGAGUGGGUAUCAGGCGGCAAACGUUACCGUCUCGAGCAGUGCCGAUCCACUGAUUGAUCAGAUUAACAUCGUGAAGGGUUAUAUCCGGCAGGCCCGGGAAGCACUGCGGUUCGAGGAGGUGGAAACGUUGGAGAGAAAUUUGAGUGAAUUAACGCAGGAGUUUUACGAACGACAACGGAGAGUCUCGGCCGGGUCAUCGCAGGGUGCCGGUGGGGGUGGAGCGAUGAGUGGUUAGUGAGGUGCUAGGUAAUUAUAGUAAAGGAAAGUUAUCUUUGAAGUAGGUAGCAGGAACUAAAAACAUGUUUCUGAUAUAUUCUUCGCUAAUCGUUAAUUUGAAAUUGGUUGACGCGAUUUCUUUCCAACUCUAUUUAUAUUUUAAAACGAUUAACAAUCUCAAGUCCAAAGCCAAUUUCUUGUGAUUUGCAGUAAAUUCAAACGGAGCAACUUCGCACUGCAGUAUUGCAUGAUUCAGCGCUUGCAAAAAUUCAUUUGUCACAAUUUUCCAACUUGUGACGUGGCCUACUUUGCGAAGAAAUUUGUCUCACCGCAAGAUGCGAGCCGUUGUAAGGUUUCUAAAGACUUGACAGCAUCUGCUAGCAUUUCACAAUGUUUUGUAAAUACCUAAUGACACUCGGUAAGCUUUGACCUCAAGCCGCCCUUAGCCAGUUGCCAGGCGUAUCCAAGGCAACGCAUAAGGCUUCCGAAACCAAAUAUAUAAAUCGAGAGAGAUAAAGAAAGCUUUGAGCAAUAAAAAAAACGAAUGUAUCCAUUUAAUCUUUUGAUUAAAUUUAUUGUUAGAUAUAAAUAUUCUCCUAUUCCAAGGCGUUACAAAUCGAAUAAUAAAUGUAUUUCAAAUACA